AUGCGGUAUCUCAUUUGGCCAAGUGUCGAGAAUAUGAAUGCCAAUCCGGAAUGGUUGAUGCCACCAGUAGGGAAGCAGGAGACUUCUCCAUAUGAUUUGCUCAUUGAUCUGGUUCCUUGGCCUCAACUUCGCCAGCUACUAUAUCAACAUCCCCAGGAAUAUCCAGUUGCCCAUAUUGUCGGCCUCAUCGGUGUUACGUGGCCAUAUGCGGACGAUGCGUGCCAUUACUGGGAUAUUGAAUCAGGGUACACCCGCAUGACGCCGCUAUUUGAGAGUACCAUCGCCGAUUUGAGCAACUGGACAGUCGACCCAAAGGUUCUUGAGAUUAUGCCUCAACUAGAGGGGCACAUUCCAGUAAAGCCGGUAGCAUAA